GGCGCCUUUUCUCCGCUCCCCGCCUCCUCCUCCUCCUCCCCGGCCGCUCGUCCCGCCCGCCCAAAGCCACCGUCGCGUCUGCCGUGCGCGGCCUCCCCUCCCUCCCCGCGGUGAACCCGGCCGGCAACACGUCUGAUCUCCCCCGUGCGCCCCAUGAAGCGAUGGCAGCGGCCAACUUCGGCAAGAUCCAGAUAGGGAUCUACGUGGAGAUCAAGCGCAGUGAUGGCCGAAUUCACCAAGCUAUGGUAACAUCCCUAAAUGACGAUAAUGAAAGUGUAACUGUUGAAUGGAUUGAAAAUGGAGAUACUAAAGGGAAAGAGAUUGAUUUAGAGAGCAUAUUUUCACUUAACCCAGAUCUUGCACCUGAUGAAGAUAUUGAACCUAACCCAGAGACACUACCACCACCUGCUUCAUCAGCCAAAGUAAACAAAAUUGUGAAGAGUCGACGAACUGUGUUACCUGCUAAGAAUGACCCUCCUGCCAGAGACAAUAGAGUGGUUGGUUCUGCACGUGCACGACCUACUCAGCUUCCUGAGCAGUCUUCCUCCUCUCAACAGAAUGGUAGUGUUUCAGAUAUAUCUCCAGUUCAAGCUGCAAAAAAGGAAUUUGGACCCCCUUCACGUAGAAAAUCUAACUGUGUAAAAGAGGUUGAAAAAUUGCAAGAGAAACGUGAAAAAAGAAGGUUACAGCAGCAGGAACUUAGAGAAAAGAGAGCUCAGGAUGUUGAUGCUACAAACCCAAAUUAUGAAAUUAUGUGUAUGAUAAGAGAUUUCAGGGGAAGUUUGGAUUAUAGACCACUGACAACUGCAGAUCCUAUUGAUGAGCACAGGAUUUGUGUUUGUGUGCGAAAACGACCACUCAAUAAAAAAGAAACUUUAAUGAAAGACCUUGAUGUAAUAACAAUUCCUAGUAAAGAUGUUGUGAUGGUACAUGAACCAAAACAAAAGGUGGAUUUAACAAGGUACCUAGAAAACCAAACUUUUCGUUUUGAUUAUGCCUUUGAUGACACGGCUCCUAAUGAAAUGGUUUACAGGUUUACAGCUCGACCAUUAGUGGAAACCAUAUUUGAAAGGGGAAUGGCCACUUGUUUUGCAUAUGGACAAACAGGAAGUGGGAAAACCCAUACAAUGGGUGGCGACUUUUCAGGAAAGAACCAAGAUUGUUCUAAAGGCAUAUAUGCACUUGCAGCUCGAGAUGUCUUUUUAAUGCUAAAGAAACCAAACUAUAAGAAGUUAGAACUUCAAGUAUAUGCAACAUUUUUUGAGAUCUACAGUGGUAAGGUUUUUGACUUGUUGAACAGGAAGACAAAAUUAAGAGUGUUAGAAGAUGGUAAACAGCAAGUCCAGGUGGUGGGAUUACAGGAGCGGGAAGUCAAAUGUGUUGAGGAUGUUCUUAAGCUUAUUGAAGUAGGCAACAGCUGCAGGACAUCUGGCCAGACAUCUGCAAAUGCACAUUCAUCUCGAAGCCAUGCAGUGUUUCAGAUUAUUCUCAGAAGGAAAGGGAAGCUGCAUGGUAAAUUUUCUCUGAUUGAUUUGGCUGGCAAUGAAAGAGGAGCAGAUACUUCAAGUGCAGAUAGGCAGACGCGGCUGGAAGGUGCAGAAAUUAACAAGAGCCUUUUAGCACUCAAGGAGUGCAUUAGAGCCUUAGGCCGAAAUAAACCUCACACACCCUUCAGAGCAAGUAAACUUACUCAGGUGUUAAGAGAUUCAUUCAUUGGAGAAAACUCGCGUACCUGUAUGAUCGCUACAAUUUCUCCGGGGAUGGCAUCAUGUGAAAACACUCUGAAUACAUUGAGAUAUGCAAAUAGGGUGAAGGAGCUGACAGUUGAUCCUAGUGCCACAGGAGAUAUCCGUUCCGUUAUACACCAUGCUCCCAAUCAGAUGGAUGACCUGGAGACACAGUGGGGUGUGGGAAGCUCUCCUCAGAGAGAUGAUCUCAAACUGCUGUGUGAGCAAAACGAAGAAGAAGUUUCUCCACAGUUGUUUAGUUUCCAUGAAGCUGUGUCUCAAAUGGUAGAAAUGGAAGAGCAAGUAGUAGAAGACCACAGGACUGUCUUCCAGGAAUCUAUUAGAUGGUUGGAAGUUGAAAAACUGCUUCUUGAGAUGACUGAAGAAGUAGACUAUGAUGUGGAUUCUUAUGCUACCCAACUUGAAGCAAUUCUAGAGCAAAAAAUUGAUAUUCUGACCGAACUUAGAGACAAAGUGAAAUCUUUCCGGGCAGCUCUGCAAGAAGAAGAACAGGCCAGUAAACAGAUCAACCCGAAAAGACCACGUGCCCUUUGAAAAGGGCCUCUGCUGCGGAAGGAAUUCACGAACCUGUACUGCUGUAGCACACAUUUGUUACAAAACCUAGUGACCGAGAGAACUCAACUACUUGAAAGUGUAAUAAUGUUAGAAAUGUUUGUGGAAAUGUCCUGUUUCUUAUUCACCUGAAUGACAUUUUCAGUUUUAUGUGAAAUGCUCCUAUGAUGUCUAACAAAAUGCUUCUAGACCAGACAGCACAACCAUGCAGGGUUCAGAUCUGUGAAGCACUUUGUUUUAAAUAUUUCAUUUAUUCAAAUAGUGAAAUGUUUGGAAAUACUUGCCAUAUUUUUCAUGAAACUGUGGCCAUUAAAAAGUCACAGCACUUCCUUCUGACCAUGUUCAGUUUUAUGACAAAGACCAGCUGUGCAGUUUAAAAUUGUGGCGUGCAUGCACACCUCACUAGUGGUUUUACGUAACUUCUCUUCCACAGACAGCUGUGCUUAACUCUUCCAAUUCUGUGCCUUGAUGAAGGCUACUUAACCCUAAACAUCCUCUUUCUGAAGCACAGCCUUAAAAAAAUACAUUCCUUAUUUGUCAAUAUAAAUUACUUUAGUGUGUGUACAUUCUUGAUGUGCUUUAAGAAGACUUAUUUUUUGGUGGCUAGUUUCAUUUCACAGGAUGUGCCAUAUCAUUUUAAAGAGGAACUGCAAGCUGUUAAGAGUGGACAAACAGCUGGACAUUCCAUUUUUCUUACAAAAAUCUGGAAUCUUGUUUUGUUUGAAUACCAUAAAGAAUGGUUAUAUAAUUCUAACAUUUUAUCUGUAACAAUUUAAAAAAAAACCAAAAAAAACAACAAAUCAACAAAAACCCACAAAAAUAUAAACUAGUUGAUGUAUAUCAAAGGGUAAUGUUUUAAGUACUGAGGAGAGUUGUAUCUUAGGAUAAUGCAGAUAAUAUGAUAUGUGGUAUGGUGUGAUAAUGCUAUGUAUGGAUAAGUUAACUAUCAAACUUUGGGGAUAAAUAUGUCCAUACUGGCCUUUCACAUACUGUUUUAAAAGCUUGGAUUUUGAUGCAUGACAAAGUUACAUGUACAUUAACUGUAGUUUUGCAGGUAGCUUGAGUAGUUCUGUUGCUUUAAGAAGUAGCUAAUACCUAUUUUUCCCUUUGUACAGUGCCAGCAGCUGAAAAGUGGGGUGAAAUUGCAUCAUUUGACGAUUUUGCACAAUACCUCUACCUAGUGCUAAUAGAAAUCCCACAAGUACCUGAAUUCUCACAAAUGGCGCCAUGUGUAUCAGCACUUUUUAGGUGGUGGCACUCAAGUUAUUUUUGCAAUUCAGUGUCCCAAAAAGAUUGACCUGUCAUUUAAGAACUUGUUGUCAAAUGAAGAACUGCAGACCUCUAUAGGAGUUCUCCCCCUUUCCAGGAGUUUGUGUCAGCAGACUUUCCCUUGGAAAUGUUUAACAGUGUACUUUAGCAACAAAAGCCUGUUUGUUCGUGUCAGGCCUGGUGGGGGGAAAUAUGGGGAAGGCAAUGAAAAGACUUAAAAUGAGCCAGAAUUUCUUGUAGUGUUUAAUGUUUUUAUCUCCCAUAGAAAGGUAGGCUAUGGGAAGCUCUUGUUGCAUCAUGGUUACAAAUAAAAAAUCUUCCUGUGUGUAAACAUGAAAACUGAAACAAUGUAGAUUUUACAUAAUGUGUUUAAUAAAUUAAGCUAAUAAAUGAA